AUGCUUGGACAUUUGGGCCAAUUGAUCCCAACAGUCGCACUGUUGUUCUACUCGAGGACGUGGCAUAUUGAUACAAGUCGCACAAAGGUUCCAAAAGCUAUAGAAAGAAGGUUCCAGAGGCAAUCUUGGGUAUUCCAGCCUUUUUCAGUGAUAAAGGGUAAUUUUGGAAUACAAGAUUCAUUGACGGAUUCCAUUCUGGAUUCCAAACGGAAAAUUACUUCAGUCUACCAAAUACGGCAACUUCAAGUGGAACAAGCUGAUGGUAUGCUUGCAUGCUUCCGGGGAACAGUGGAGAUAGUUAGCAUGCUUACUGGGGGCAGAGGGGUAGUCGUGUUACGUUCAGUGAAACAAGUAAUUAUCUGAUUAUUACAAGUUCAACCAGUGGAAGCACAUCGAAACACUAUCUCCUGCAAUAAAUAAAUGUUUAUUAUGAUUAUUUAAUAUCGAACCAAAACCACCACUAUCUUAACAUGUUAUUGGGUUGUGACGAGAAGAUGAUCCGGGUAUGAAAUGUUGUUAUAUGGUAAUUGACUUUCUAUUGC